AGGCGGGAAGGGGUCCAACCUGCAAGGCAAAGGCAGGAAAACACGAUAUCACCUUAAAAGCAUGGGCAGUGGCACGGCGGUGACAGAAUUCCUCCUCCUGGGUUUCUCAGAGGUCCAGGAGCUGCAGCUGUUCCACGCCGCUCUGUUCCUCCUACUCUACCUGGUGGCCCUGAUGGGGAAUCUCCUCAUUGUUGCCAUCACCGCCCUCGACCAGCGCCUCCACACCCCCAUGUACUUCUUCCUCAGGAACCUGUCCGUCCUUGACCUCUGCCUCAUCUCCGCCAUUGUCCCCAAGUCCAUCCUCAACUCCCUGACCAACAACAGAUCCAUCUCUUUCCCGGGUUGCAUCCUCCAGGUGUUUUUCUUCGGAUUUGCUGCCAGUUCUGAAAUGGCCUUGCUCACGGCAAUGUUCCACCACCGCUACGUGGCCAUUUGCUGCCCCCUGAGCUAUGACAUUAUCAUGCAUCCAAAGGCUUGUGGGAAGAUGGUGGCUGCCUCCUGGCUCAGCGGGGCUCUCAAUGGCCUCCUGCACACGGCUGCAUCCUUCUCCUCACCCUUCUGUGGGUCCAAAGUGAUUAAUCAAUUCUUCUGUGACAUCCCUCCGCUGCUGAGACUCUCUUGCUCCAGGGGUUUCCACAGUGAGCUGGGAGUCAUUGCUUUCAACGUGCUUAUAGGGUCGAGCUGUUUUGCCUCCAUAACUCUAUCUUAUGUGCGCAUCUUCUCGGCUGUGCUGAGGAUGAGGUCCACAUCAGGCCGGGCCAAAGCCUUCUCCACCUGCCUGCCCCACCUCGCCGUCGUGACUUUAUUCGUCUCCCCAGCCCUGUUAGAAUAUUCCACCUUCAUCUCCAAGCCCCCAUCCAUUCUGGACCUGGUAGGGUCCCUCUUCUACACUGUGGUGCCUCCCACCCUGAACCCCCUCAUCUACAGCCUGAGGAACCGGGACGUGAAGACAGCAGUGAGAAAACUUGUCUGCAGAUCAAAAACCAUCUGAGACAAUCCCCUCCUCAGCUUUGUCAUACCACGUCCCCCUUUUUCAAAGCCCUUGUGGGUGGUCUCCAAUGGAGUUGGCUGUGUGAAUGAGGGUGUCAAUGUGGAUUGUC